AUGGACUCGUCAACUGAAACCAACAUCAAGGCAAACGGUGCCCUCGGUAGUGCGGUACUGCCUGUCCUCGUUGAAGCAGGCUUCGAAGUGAUCGCCCUGGUGCGCACACCAGGGAAGAUCACCAACCUCCCCAGCAACGCGCACGAGGUGGUAGUAGACUUCGACUCCCCCGACGCCCUCGCAUCCGCCCUCAAGGGCCAGGACGCCGUCGUGUCGACCCUCAACGCCCAGGGCGCCCAGGCCGAAAUUGCCCUCAUCACCGCGUCCAGCCUGCCCGACAGCACGGUGCGGCGCUUCAUCCCGUCGGGCUUCGGCCCCGAUAUGGAGAGGCCCAAGGAGCGCGCCCUGCCUAUUUACGUGGGCAAGGUCGGGAUCGAGAAUAGGCUGCGCGCUCUGGCGGGAGGGGACGAGGAAGGCGGUGGUAACAGGCUGAGCUGGACGACCGUGUCGAACGGUGCGUUUCUGGACUGGGGUCUGGAGCACAACUUUUUGCUAGACGCCGGCCAGGGAAAGGCGACGUUGUGGGAUGGGGGCGAGCACAAGUUUGGCAUGACGAGCUUGGCUGCGAUCGGCCAGGCUGUGGUUGGUGUGCUGCGGAACCCAGAGGAGACAAAGAAUCGUACGGUGUACGUGAGAGAGGCUGCAGUGUCCAUGAAGCAGCUGGUGUCCAUCGUCCAGGACCUCAACCCUGGUAAGAAGUGGACGAUCGAAGAAGCCAGCACAUUUGAUGCCGCCAAGAAGUCGGGCGAGGCAAUGACGAAGGGCAAUAACGACUUUUCGGCGAUUGCAGGCUUCAUCUUUCGAGUUACCUUUGGGAAGGACGCUGGAGCGGACGUUGCGGUGAAUGAUAAUCAGCUCCUGGGCGUGCAUGAGCUGAACGAGAGGGAGCUGAAGGAGGUCGUCAAGAAUGUUCUUGCGAAUGUACCAGGGGCUCUAUAA